AUGGCCCGCAGAAAGUGGUACAACGGCCCGGGCAGCACCGCCCCCCCGCACAACUCCCGGAACUCUCGCAAGUCCCCCAAGGCCCCCAAGACCCCUAAGUCGGCCAAGAUCCAGCCGAUGGAAGAUCUCAAGCCUGAGUUUGGUGGUGAACCCGCCAAAUCACCUCCCGCCCAUGAAAGUGCGCCGCCAAAACGACCCGAGAAGCUCCCGCUGAACGAGCACACCGAAACACGAGCAGGCCCAGCAGGGCUGCACCGCCAAGCGCCGCCGAUCAUGGAGGCACGCAGUCCUCCUACCUCGUUACCCAACCCUGACAGUAUUGAUGCGGCCAUCAGCGGCAACCCAAGGUCAGAUCAGUUCCGAGCUUUCCCGACCCCUCAGGUUCAACAUCCAAGGUGGCAUCAGCCGUGGUAUCCCAGUUUCAAGGUUCAGGAUGCCUUAUUCGCGGCCCAAUAUGCUUACCAAGAUACUCUCGCCCAAAGGCUGGCAUUAUCGCGAGACGAUAUGGAACCGCUUAGCCCACAGCGCAGCCCAGACCAAGACGAGGAAGACAGGGUCCAGCGGGAGAUGGAGAGCUUGCGGGAGCAGCUCAGAGAGGCUAACAGCCGCGCCGACCAGGCGGAGCGGGCAGCUGAAGAACUAACUCGACAGCUUCGAUCUAGCAGGUCUAAUGAGCCGGUGAUGGACCACAAUAACUUGGCAGACACGACGACGACGCUGAAAGCGGAAAAUAGUGGCCUCAAGGCGGAGCUAGACGAAGCGCGAUCUCACAUCUUCAGCUUGCAACCCUACCGCAAAGACCUCACUCCGAAGGAGAAGCAGGACUUCGAUGAUCUCGUCAACGGCAUCACUGACUGGGUCACCAACUUCAUCGAUCCGAUUCUUGACGACGACAAUAAGAUGGAUGACGUUCUGGCGGCCGCUAAGCAACGGCCGGCAGACGUUCAGAAGCUUAAGCGGUACUUACACAGCCAAGGCGACUUGGUCUACGGCUGCAUGUUUCCCGAAACGGAUAUCGACAUCCUCAUUGCUGUCGUGAUGCGCUUCCUGCAAGACCACAUCUUCCAAAAGAUUCUUUACGGGGCCGUCCCUAAGACGGUCGAGGUCAUCAGUUUCCUGGAAGGCCAGAUGCAGACCAACGUCGAGCCCAAACGAGACCUCUUUGCUUUGCGGACGUGGCGGGCCGAAGCCCUCAACGCCGUCCUCUGCUCGCCCGACUACGCGCGCUCACGGCACGGGCGGAUUAAGGAGCUCACAACCGAGAUGGCGUUACUCUUCAAGGUGUUCCGCAGGGACAAGGACUGGAACGGGCUCUGCGUCGCCUGCCAGGAUGGCAUCAUUAAGCCCGCGGUGGCGUUGCACGAGAAGUUGAUGACGUCGACGCACCACUUCUACCUUGACCUAAACCCAUACAUUUUAUGGAACUCCCGCCAAGAGCUCGAGAUGAGCCCAGACUUCCUCGACGACCUGCACACGCUACGAUGCGAAAACAUACUUCAGAACCGAAAGCCCUUCAACGUGGCCAAGCUGGACCCUCGGCCGAGCAAGGAGCAGCUCUACAAGGAGCUCAAUAACGUGGCCACCAUUGUCCCGGCGCUCUACAUGAGACAAGUAGGCAAGGGGGACGUGAUCAAGGAGCCGACGGUGGUGCGCAUGCAGCAGGUGCUGGUAGCCUGGGGCCCAGAGGAGAAGAGGGAGAGAUUCCUUGCCAAUGGCCAGCGCACCCUCAUGCAUCAGCUGUGCUUCUCACGGCGCGACAGGGGGGAGCGGGCACAAGAUGGCGGUGUCUGGCCAUGGCGGGGUCUGCAAUGGGGAUGA